AAACGGGCCAGGCGGGGUGACGGCACAAAUCUUUUGUCUUUAAUCCCAGACCUCCAGAGACUGAGGCAGGUGGAUUUCUGUGUGUUUCCAGCUUGCCUGGUCUACACAGCCUGGCUACCCAGUGAGACCCCAUUUUAGAAGAGAAAAAUGAAGCUGAAAAGGGCCAAGAACUUGGAUCCGUCUGAUACAGCGGUUGCCUAGCGCCAAGUCCUGUGUCUGAACCCGGGAAACCAGGCGCAGGGCGGUGAGCGUCUGUCGCCCCAGCAUUCCAGAGGCAGAGGCCGAUCAAGGUCAGCCUGCAGUGCGCAGUGGGCUCCGGGAGGCUUUAUUUCAACAACAAGAACAAAGUUAAAAACAAAAAAGACCUUCUAAUAUAACAUCUGUUUGUGUCGACUUCUCGGCCGGAAAUUGAACCUUGAAUCUGUUGUGUUGGAGGCCGGGACCCCGGUGUCCUGGGCAAUGCUCGCAUACAGUCGGUGCUGCGAUAUGUCUCGCAACCUUACUGGUCAGCCUGAAGCGGUCCCGGUGCGCCAUGGCGCUCGAGCCUCAGAAGACUCAGAAGAGUCAGAAGGAGUGGAGGUCAUGGCCGCCUCCAGCUCCAGUCACCGAGCAGCCUCAGGCCUGGGCACAGCCCUCAGCAGGCUAACACGCAAAGGCAGCUUUUGUUUGGACUCCAUGGGCUCCCUCGGGGGCUGGGCUCACUCCGCUGGUCAAAGGCUUGGCCAGCAUAAAAACCACCUGUAAUCCCAGCACUCAGGAGACCACCGCAGGAAGACCAACUCAAGGUCGUGCCUCAGCUACAUAGGCCCCAGAUCUUCUGUGACUCGAUCCCUCCAAAUUCCGGUGAUCGGGCCCCGGUUCCAAAUUGCCGAACGAUCCCAGGGCCAGUGGCAGACCGGGCCAAGCCUCAACCAGGAAGGGUCUGUGACUGGAACGCCAUUGCCACCAACCGUCUCGGAAGUCCACCUGGGGUGAAGGAUGCCGUUGGCCUGGUGCAGCUGGUUCUUCCUCAGUGUCUGGAUGCUGAACAUCGGGGCUGAGAUCUCCAUCACCCCUGAGCCUGCCCAACCUGCAGAGGGGGACAAUAUCACACUGGUGGUCCAGGGCCUCCCCGGGGAACUGCUUGCCUACAAUUGGUAUGCAGGGCCUACGCUCAGCCUGACCUUCCUGGUGGCCAGUUACAUUGUCAGCACUGGCGAUGAGACCCCUGGGCCGGCCCACACAGGGCGGGAAGCUGUGGGCCCGGACGGCAGCCUCGAGAUCCAUGGUGUCCUGCCUGGGCACACAGGCACCUACAUCCUCCAGACCCUUAACAGGCAGUUUCAGACGGAGGUGGGCUACGGACACAUGCAGGUCUAUGAGAUCCUGACCCCUCCCACGGUCGCGGCCAAUGCCACUGCGCUGGUGGAGCGCAGGGACACCCUUCGUCUCGUGUGCAGCAGCCCCAGCCCCGCUGAGGUCCGCUGGUUCUUCAACGGUGACGCUCUACCUGUUCCGGUCCGCCUGGGCCUGUCCGCGGAUGGCAGGGUGCUGACCCGGCACGGCAUCCGCCGGGAGGAGGCGGGCGCCUACCAGUGCGAGGUGUCGAACCCGGUCAGCGUCAGCCGCAGUGAGCCCCUGAACCUGACGGUGUACUACGGCCCCGAACGUGUGGCUAUCCUCCAAGAUUCCACCACCCGUACGGGCUGCACCGUCACAGUAGACUUCAACACGUCCCUCACGCUGCGGUGUGUGGCCCGGUCCUGUCCUGAGCCAGAGUACGUGUGGGCCUUCAACGGGAAGGCCAGGAUGAAUGGCCAGGAUCACCUGAACAUCACUAGCAUGACAGCCGCCCACGAGGGCACCUACACGUGUAUCGCUAAGAACUCCAAGACACUGCUGUCUGGCUCCGCCUCCGUGGUGGUCAAGCUGUCCGCCGCAGCUGUGGCCAUGGUGAUUGUGCCUGUACCGAGUAAACCAACGGAGGGCCAGGACGUGACCCUGACCGUCCAGGGCUACCCCAAGGACCUGCUGGUCUAUGCCUGGUACCGAGGACCGGCCUCAGAGCCCAACCGACUGCUCAGCCAGCUGCCGUCCGGGAACUGGAUCGCCGGCCCAGCGCACACGGGCCGGGAGGUGGGCUUCGCCAAUUGCUCCCUGCUGGUGCAGAAGCUGAACCUCACAGACGCCGGACGCUACACACUCAAGACGGUCACACUGCAGGGCAAGACUGACACGUUGGAGGUGGAGCUACAGGUGUCCCCCCUGGAGUAGCCGCCGCCGCCGCCGCAGCAGCAUCAGCAUCAGCAUCCGCAUCC